AUGAGCCGAUCAUCCUCCCUCGACGUCAAAAGUUUCACGGUCGGCUGGAUCUGCAGCCUUUUGAUCGAGUACAUCGCCGCCUGCAACGUCCUCGACGAGACUUUCCCAGACACUACACAUGUUCUACUAGGGAAGGGUGACUGCCGUGCUUACACACUGGGCCGAAUCGGGAAACACAAUGUCGUGAUAGUCUGCCUCCCAGCCGAGUCCCCAGGCGUGGUAUCUGCAUCCGCCGUCGAAACAACCUUGCGAAUUACCUUCCCUUCAAUCCAGUUCUCACUCCUGGUCGGAAUCGCUGGAGCUGCAGCUGGGUCAAAAGAAGAUGUGCGACUGGGCAAUGUGGUCAUAGGAACUAGGAUCGUCCCGUACGAAUUCGGAAAGGUAACCCAUCAUGGGUUCCAAUAUACGGGACAUUGUCCCCGGCCGCCGGCUAUUCUUCAUAAUCGGGUGAAUACUUUUAAGUAUAAGUCUCUACUUGAGUUGGAUAUUGGCCAUCUUGUUCAGGAUAAAGCGCGAUUGUUGCCUAUUCCGCUACGGCAUUUGUUUCGACGUCCGGAGUUGGAGGAUCGUCUCUAUAAUUCCGAUUAUGUCCAUGGUGAACAUUGCGACUGCCAGAAAAGAACGGUUUAUGAUUCUUCUCUUCUUGUUGCUCGUGAGCCUCGGCUAGGGACUAGUGAGGUCAGGGUUCACUCGGGGACCAUCGCGUCCGGGGAUAAGCUUAUCAAGAAUGCUCAAACACGCAACGACUUGGGGAACACAUUCAGUGCACUAUGUCUUGACAUGGAGUCUGCGGGCCUGAGUAGAGGUUCAAUGACGAUCCGUGGUAUUGACAACUAUGCCGACUCGCAUAAAUGCGACCGCUGGCAGGGUUAUGUUGCUAUGGCGGCGGCUGUUUGUGCGGCGGAGUUUCUUAAGAUGGUCCCUGUCAGCGAUGGCCCCCAGGAUCAAUUUAGGAUCAUGGAUGAUGUCAGCAGGGUUAUAACAGCUUCAAUAAAGGAGAUGAAGUCUGUCUUGGAUGGUCUUCCCAGCCCGGAAAAUUACGUGACAACUUUGAUGGCUGUGGAUAAGAGGCUAGCAGCCUUGGAGCAGCGUCUUGCUUUGCUAGACACUCAGAAACGAUCGGCUAAGGCCCUCGAGACAAAACUAGACAUGGUAUUGGAGGGAUUGAAUAAUCUGGAGAGAUCUCAAGGCCAAAUGCAGUCAUCUUUCAGCCAAGCGAACGCAAUCAACGGCGACGAUGAUAAUGUUCUCUAUGAUCUCACCAGAGAAAGAAAGAUACCGAGCUUCGAAAUGGUGGAUAACAAUUCAGGCCAACCGUCCAAGCAAUCACUAGGGGUUUCGGACACUUUCUUCAAAGCUGAACUAGCAUCUUCGGACACGCACAGGAUUCAGUUCGAGUGUUCCAUCAGGUCUACAAAGCCGUUACCGCCACCAAAGCCGAUCAAGUUUCGCUCACGUCCCAUAUGUGGUAGUCUUAGAUAA